AUGCCUUUCGUCAAGCAACAAAAGAACAAGGCUUAUUUCAAGCGUUAUCAAGUCAAGUAUCGUAGAAGAAGAGAGGGUAAGACCGACUACUAUGCUCGUAAGAGACUCGUCGUUCAAGCCAAGAACAAGUACAACUCUCCCAAGUACAGAUUGGUUGUUCGUUUCACCAACAAGGACAUCAUCUGUCAAAUCAUCUACGCCAAGCUCCAAGGUGAUUUCGUCCUCUCUGCUGCCUAUGCUCAUGAACUUCCCCGUUAUGGUGUUAAGGGUGGUUUGACCAACUGGGCCUCUGCUUAUGCUACUGGUCUCCUCCUUGCUCGUCGUACCCUCGCCAAGCUCGGUCUUGCUGACAAGUACGAAGGUUUCGCUGAGCCCGAUGGCACUGUUCAAUUGAUCGAAGCUGCUGAGGAUGCUCCCCGUCCUUUCAAGGCUUUCCUCGAUGUCGGUCUCGCUCGUACCUCCACUGGUGCCCGUGUCUUUGGUGCCAUGAAGGGUGCUUCCGAUGGUGGUAUCUUUGUUCCCCACAACGGUAACCGUUUCCCUGGUUUCGAUAUCGAGACCAAGACCAACGAUGACGAACUCCUCCGUAACUACAUCUAUGGUGUUCACGUCGCCGAGUACAUGGAAUACCUCGAAGAAGAAGAUGAGGAACGUUACAAGAAGCAAUUCUCUACCUUCAUCAAGGCUGGUAUCACCUCUGAUAAGGUCGAGGAUAUGUACACCGAAGCUCAUGAAGCUAUCCGUGAGAACCCUGCUGCUCAACCCACUGAGAAGAAGGGUAAGCCCGCCAAGCCUUACCGCAGACUCGUUGCCCUCAACAAGAAGCAACGUCUCAACAAGAUCAAGGAUGCCAAGGCUGCUUUCGAAGCUUCUCAAUAA